AUGUAUGUAUUCAAAAAACUGGAAUAGGUUAACCCGGCUUUUACUACAUAUGAGUUGCUUAUGUAUCUUUCAAUGGCAGUCCAUUCAAGUAUUUCUUUCACAAUGCCAUUUUUCACAUUGAUAUUUGGCUAUUUAAUUCUAAGAGAAUUAUUAGGGCUGCCUGAGAUAAUAAACAUGAUACUCUGCUUUGGAGGUAUGUUGUUGAUAGUAUUUUAUCAGCAAACUUAGAAUGAUUUAAAUGAGGAUAAACUGUCGAUUGGAGUAGAUAAAUUUACCUAUGUAUUAUCCUUAAUUACAGCACUUUCACAAUCUAUUCUAGGAGGCUUAUCAUAUGUUCUAUUGAGGAAACUUAAGGGUGUUCAUUUCACUAUCACUAAUGGAAUAUAUGGAGUAGUCCUUUCUAUAGUUUCAACAAUUAUUUGGUAUUUUGGCAGAAAGAUGCAACAUCCAGAACUGGUAUACAAUUUUGAUGGAUAUUAAAUCAAUUUAUUGAUUAUUACAGGUAUUUUUGGCAAUAUGACUAACUAGCUUAUUAUCCUGGCACUCAAAUACGAUAAAGCAAGAGCAUUGAUUAUAAUUGCUUGCUCUUCAACUAGCAUGCUUUUGAAAUAUAUCAGCAAAGAAGAAGAAUGA